AUGAAGAAAAAUAAUAAAUCAUUGAUGUAUAAAAGUUUCAAUGCUUCAUCAAUUGUCCCAAAAUUCCCACCUGAAAUAUCAGCAUUGAAUCUUGUCCAAAAAGCGAUUUCAAGAUUGGAAAGCUCCGGUAAAACUUCGAGAAUUCCAAAUGCCUUUAUUGCUUAUCGAAUGGCCUUUUGUAAAGAACUUCAAAGAGUAAACCAUCCAGUUUUCACGCAACCACAGCUUUCGUCGAUGGCAAAAUCGGCUUGGAAUAAAGAGCCAGAAAGCGUGCAAAAAACCUAUCGUUAUAUUUCUGCGGAAGCAAGUGAAAUAUAUAAGAAACUAUGUAAAAACAAAUAUCAUAUUAAUAUUGAUUAUGGAAAGGAGACAACAAAUCAAUUUGAGUGCUAUUACGUGCUAGGAAAAGAAAAGGAUACGGAUGAAUUAACAACAUCAUCCAAUUCCUCUUUGCAUGGUACAAAUCCUAAUCAAAAUAGAUCAGAAUACGAAGAUUAUUUUGUAGAUACGAACCUUGCAUUUAAAAACAAGGAUAGGAAUAAUGAAAAAGAACAAUUAUCAAAUUCUUCAUUAGACUUAUUUCCACAAUUAGAAUAUGUAGAUUUUUUCCCUCCCCAUCAAAUCGAAGAAAAUCAAAGAGAAAAUUCAUAUUCUAUCCUAUCUCCAAUAUUGUCAUCAAAUUUUCCUUACGAUUAUAAUAGAGAUAAUUUUUUUUCUCUUUCCUUACCGUUACACACUCCCACUGUUGAAAACCCCAAACAAUGCACUUGUAGUAAGAACGAGAUCAUAAAAUUAGAAUCAAAAAUAGAAGAAUUAGAGAAUAAGCUUAAAAUCGUUACAAAGAAUUAUGAAAUGACCUUAUUAGGUGAAUGA